UCAAUAGUGUGUUAAUGUGGUAAAAAGAGGAAGUGAACAGGACAGGAAUGAGCAGAGACUGUGUUUCUGUUCAGAGAAAGAGGAACAAUUCUACAGUCACUGGCACCGGGUGAAAUGGCGCAGCAAGAAAAACAACUGGACAGAGAAACACUCUGCUGUCCGAUCUGUCUGGAUCUACUGAAGGAUCCGGUGACUACUGUCUGUGGACACAGCUACUGUAAGAGCUGUAUUAACACCCACUGGGACAUUGGGGAUGAGAGAGGAAGCUACAGCUGCCCUAGGUGUAGACAGACCUUCACACCGAGGCCUGUCCUGGGGAAAAGCACCAUGUUAGCUGAUAUAGUGGAGGAGCUGCAGAAGACUGGACUCCAAGCUGCUCCUGCUGAUCACUGCUAUGCUGGACCUGAAGAUGUGGCCUGUGAUGUCUGCACUGGGAGAAAACUGAAAGCUCUCAAGACCUGUUUGGUUUGUUUGGCCUCUUAUUGUGAAAAACACCUCCAGCCUCAUUUUGAGUCAGCUGCAUUUAAGAAGCACAAUAUGGUGGAGCCCUCGAAGAAGCUCCAGGAGAACAUCUGCUCUCGUCACAAUGAGGUGUUGAAGAUGUUCUGCCGCACUGAUCAGCAGUGUAUCUGUUAUCUCUGCUCUGUGGAUGAACAUAAAGACCAUGACACGGUGUCAGCUGCAGCAGAAAGGACUGAGAAGCAGAGAGAGCUCGGGCUGAGGAGACAAACAAUCCAGCAGGGAGUUCAGGACAGAGAGAAAGAUGUGAAGCUACUGCAACAGGAGGAGGAGGCCGUCAAUGGCUCUGCGGAUAAAGCAGUGGAGGACAGUGAAAAGAUCUUAGCUGAGCUGAUCCGUCUGCUGAAGAAAAGAAGAUCUGAUGUGAAGAAGCAGAUCAGAUCCCAGCAGGAAACUGCAGUGAGUCGAGUCAGAGAACUUCAGCAGAGACUGGAGCAGGAUAUCACUGAGCUGAAGAAGAAAGACCAUGAACUGAAGCAGCUCUCAGACACAGAGGAUCACAUCCAGUUUCUACACGACUACCCCUCACUGUCACCAGUCAGUGAAUCUACAUACUCAUCCAGCAUCAGGAUCCGUCCACUGAGGUACUUUGAGGACGUGACAGCAGCUGUGUCACAGGUCAGAAGUCGACUACAGGACAUUCUGAGUGAGACAGAGACAGAGAUUUUACAGAUUGUGUCUCAAGUGGAUGUUUUACUGCCACAGCCAGAGCCAAAGACCAGAGCUGACUUCUUAAAAUAUUCACAGGAAAUCACACUGGAUCCGAACACAGUAAACACAAAUCUGUUAUUUUUGAAGGGAAACAGAAAAGUAACACGUUUGAGAGAAAAACUGUCUUAUCCUAAUCACGCAGACAGAUUCACUGGUUGGCGUCAGGUCCUGAGUAGAGAGAGUCUGACUGGACGUUGUUACUGGGAGGUGGAGAUGGAGGUGGAGAUGGAAGUGAGAGGACGAGUUGGUGUAGCAGUCACAUACAAGAAUAUCAGUAGAGCAGGGAAAUCAGAUGAAUGCAGACUUGGAUUCAAUGAUAAAUCUUGGUCAUUAUAUUGUGAUAGAAACAGGUAUAACUUGUAUUACAACAGCAUCGUGACUCCAGUGUCAGGUCCCCUGUCCUCCAGAGUAGGAGUGUACCUGGAUCACAGUGCAGGUGUUCUGUCCUUCUACAGCGUCUCAGACACCAUGACUCUCCUCCACAGGGUCCAGACCACAUUCACUCAGCCUCUCUAUGCUGGAGUUGGGGUUAGUUAUUCUGGAUCCACAGCUGAGUUCUGUAAACUCAAAUAGACUUGAGUCAUUAAAAGCAGUGAUUUAGAUUCUGUGUGUAAAUCUUUAACUUCUUUUGUCUCCAUGAUUGUUGAUCAAAGUUCGGCGUGGUGACGUUUCGGCUCCGCACACAGAGAUCAGCUGUCAAUCAAACACUGACCUUCCUUUAUCUCACUUUGUAAGGACAGAAAUCUAUAAUUACACUGACAUGAUUGUGUUUGAAAGAACUAAUGUUGCUGUUGUUUUCUGGAUCAAUGUAGAAAAAAGGUUCUGUGAUGUUUUAGAACCUGUAUUGAUCCUGAUCAUCAUCAAUGAGCUGAUUAUUUGAUACUACACAUUGAAUUCUCGUAUAUAUGUAUAAAGCAAUACAAAUCGAAUGUGUGAAAAAGCAGAAAGUUGAAAUAAAGAAUAAAUCCAG